CUUCUCCCGGAAACGCCGCUUCUCUCUUUUCUUUUUUUUUUUCUUUUUCUUUCAAGUACAAAUUCCGAUCGACAUUUAGGAUCGAAAUUCAGUGGUAGCACCAAAUAAUUGGAGGAUGAUGAUGAUGUUUUUGGAUUCAAAUCUAAACCAAGUUUGAGCUUGCAACUUUGCUUUAGUCCUUGUGAAACGGAGGAAAUGUGCGCAUAGAUGGUUAAACAUUAUAAAGGACCAGCGUUCCAGAUACUGAAGGAUUUAUUGUGUUAACUUUUCAUCAUACAACCUCAUGAAGAAGAAGCUUAUCCCAAAACCCCCCAGGGGUGAGAUCUACUUCUAUCACGUGGCAGUCUGAGUUGGUAAUCAUCUUACAUUUUAUACAAGUUGAGUUAUCUGUGCUUGGUAAUGAAGUGGAGGACAAGGUCCACAAUUUCUUCGAGCAGGGCAACUUGUCCAAGGGGCAGCAUUAGCCACAAGUUGCUUGUGGAAAUUGGCCUUUUUUUGACACCAAUACAUGGGCUCGAAACCAAAGACAGAUUGAGAUCCCUUCCAUUUUUGAUUUGAAGAAUUAAAAUCCCCUGAUAUCAGAUUCUGCGGUAGGCAAUGAGUGGCACUUUUCAGAAAUGUGACCUGGCUUAGGUAUUGCAUGAUUGUCGCUACGCCUGAGUUAAGUGUUAGGCAAUCUGGAAAUCAGCAUCUGAGUUUGAAUGGGUCGUUUUUGCAUGAGCAACAAGGUCAUACAGAACAGUAUCGGGGUGAGUUUCGCGGAGGGUGUGCAAAAUCGGGUACAUAAUCUUGCAUCGAGAGGCUUAUCAUUUCAUGAACCUUGUCUAAGGAAUGCUCCAGAACUCAGUCCUGCCUUGUCAAGAACUUAGAACAGUCAGAAAUUGGUCAUAUGAGUUUUAAUUUCCUCCGUGGUCAACAACAGAUCACGAGGGCCCCACAACCAGGGAUGCCGCUACAUGGGCCAAGGCUGCAAAUGGGGGUUACUGACAUGCAGGCAUGGGAACAGCAAAUUAUGUAUAACCAGUUGCAAGACAUUCAGAGGCAGCGGCAACUAGACCAAGAAUCAAGAGAACUGAACCGGAUGAACCAGCUAUCCGCUGCCUCAAAUCAGUUAACUGGUGAUCUGUUUCCAAGACUUGGUAAUGAGUUACAUAUUCACAAUGCAUCUAGUAAUUUCUGGCCAACCGAGCACAUGAGAGGUGAUUCUAAAGUACCGAUUUCUUCAGAAAUGCCUACGAUUAGUAACACAAACUGGUCCCAAGAUGGUGGUUCCUCUGCAGCGCAAAGAUACCCUGCUGGGCUUAUUUCAUCGUUUGAGCAGGGUCAGGUACUACAUUCAACGGGGUGUGUUCCUGAUCAGCUUGAUCAGUCUCUAUAUGGUACUCCAAUUGCUAGCAUAUGGGGUGGUCACAGUCAAUAUUCUAUUAUUCCUGCUGACAUGUUAACCAAGGUGAAUGCAUCAGCUGAUGAUUUUCAUUGGAAGCAGCAGCAAGCAGAUUGGCCUGAAAAUACACAGGAGAACAAUGGUUUGGAUGCUUCUUCUGGUGGUAGUAGCACCGUUACAGGAGGCUAUGAACCCUUCGAUGGGUUUUCUUCUAUGCAGAGUGGAACCUGGAGUGCACUGAUGCAGUCCGCUGUGGCAGAAACUUCUAGUAAUGACACCGGGAUACAGGAUGAGUGGAGUGGUUUAAGUUCUCAUACGACACAAAUGCCAACUGGGGCUCUGGAUGCAACUACGGGUGGCAGUUCAAAACAGCGAAAAGAUUGGGGUGAUCAAAAUAUGCACCAUGUCUCUUCUGUGACUUCAAGACCCCUUCAGUUGUUUGAUGAUUCAACUAUGAAUCGAAGCGGUGACAGUGCCUCUUGUGAAUAUGCUGGCCAGCCUCCUGAGGAUCUAUCAAAUGGUUAAAUCAUAGCUCUGAACAAAUGCCACACACACUUGCUGAAGAUAGUUAUCCAGUGCAGCCACGCAUGCAUCCAGAAAAAUCUGCUGGAGCAGCUUG